AUGGCCGGCAAUAACGAAGAUCCCUCUUCAACGGACGUUGCAAUACUUAAGAAAAACGACGUCUCCAUCGUUCCACCUUCGAGAAACACCAUCCCUCGAGACGGUGUCACAUCGUCCCCUUCCCCAAAAGAUCUCCAAGAUGAUCAAUUUCAUCGCUUCGAAGAUACGAGCGGGAAGGACAACCACGAAGAAAGUCUGGGCAAUCCUUUCCUCUCCAAAGGACAGACUCCUCAAGAUCAGACCAUAAACGUUGUUCUAGCCGCUCUUGCCCAAACCAAUGCGCUCAUACAGCAGAAGAGUGACCGAAUCGGGGCCCUUGAGCAGAAGCGCCACUCAAAGACGCCCCCCGAUCAAAAAACUCGUUAUCGACGCGAAGUAGUCACCAAGAAACGCCCUCGUUCACCUUCCCCCAGGGAGAAGGCAGGUCCCUUUUCCAAGAAAGGGUCGAACAACCAACGUUCCCGACACCAUUCACAGUCCCCUCGGCCAAAAAAGAAGUCUAGAUCACCCUCGGCAAGACACGACGGUAACCGAAGGCGACACAGGCGUAGCCAGAGCCGAUCUUCUUCUCCGUUUGCCAGCGACGAUGAAGAGGAGCGCCAUGGUCCUCUAUCCCAGGCAAUCUUAGAGGCUCCCCUGCCAACAGGUCUCGAAAAACCCCCUCCGUUGGGCACCUACGACGGGACAACCGAUCCAGAUGAACAUAUCGAGAACAUCGAUGCCCUUCUCGACUACAGAGGAGUGCCAGGUCUCCGACCACGGUUAGACUUCGCUAAAGCCGUCGGAAUCGAAACACCCGCUACCCUGGACGAAUUCUUUCUCAAAGCCCAAGCUUACAUACAGUAUGAAGAGAAAGAAGCAGCCCACGCAGUCCGUAAUUCCAGGCACGAAGAGAGCAAUAAAAACGCACGCCAAGAUGAGUCUCGCCGAGGAGCUGACAAAAAGAAAGAUGAUAAAACUCGGGACCCUAAGGACUACAAAACUCCCGCGGGGAAGUUCCGAGAGUACACCCCGCUGAACGCUUCAAGGGAUCGCAUUUUGAAUGAAUGCGCAAACGCCGAGUUUCAGACGGGCAAGGUCCGGUUCCCGAAGAGCAUGACCGCCCGGCCAAACGUGGAUAAAUCGAAAUUUUGCAGAUUCCACAAAGGUCACGGGCACAACACUGAAGACUGCAUCCACCUAAAGGACACAAUAGAGAUAUUAAUCAGGGAAGGGCACCUGAAACAAUACGCAAAAAAGCAGGAGGCUACCAAAGAGGCUAAACCAAUCACCGAGGAAAAACCGGCGGAGGACACGCCCACCAUGCAAGUGGCCAUGAGCGUUACCAGGCCAGGAGAUUUUUAUCUCCCUGAUUGGGCCAACGCUGCAACCACCAACUCCUCCUACAGCGCCUAG